AUGUCAGCGGCGGCAGCCGCGCUCGUCGGCUGCGGGGUCGAUGGGGCUGGCCGACCCGCGGCUGCGAGGCUGCUAUCUACCGUGAUCCUGAGUUUCAGCCUGACAGGGGCCCAGUACAUGGACAACCCCGGCUUCCUGCCGAAGGUGGAGGGCCUCGCGCGCCGCUUCGGCGCCGUGCGGCGGACGCGUCCCGACGGGAACUGCUUCUACCGAGCCUACCUCUUCGGCAUCUUCGAGGCGCUGGUGGGCAGCCCGGAGAGGCAGAGGGCGUUCGGCGCGCGGGCGCAGAGGUCCCUGGACUUCUGCUGCAGCGCCGGCUACGAGCGCGUGGCCAUAGAGGACUUCUACGAGGAGUUCUCGACCUGCCUGGCCAGCCUCGCGGCCGCGACCGACGCGCCCGCGGCGCUGGACGCCAUCCUCAAGGAUAGCGACGACUACCUGGUCUGCUGGACACGGUGUCUCACUUCUCGGCGGCGAGCUGACUUUGUGGCCUUCCUGUCGUCGCACUCUUCCAUCAGGGAGUUCUGCGCGCAGGAGGUGGACCCCAUGGCCACUGAGGCCGACCAGCUGCAGAUUGUGGCCCUGUCCACCCACUUCGGAGUGCCCGUCAACGUCGUCUACCUCGACCGGUCGGAGGGCGAAGUGGCGGCGGAGCAUCUCUUCAAGGAGGGCAGCGAGGGCAUGAGGACCCUCGCAGACCGUCCUAUAGCGGUCUUCGGCGCCCCGCCGAGCCGUCGUGGGCCUGUAUCUGUGCAGGUGAGGCGCUUCAUCACAAUGAUCGACGCGUUCUACGAGCGCCACACCAAACUAGUGUGCACUGCAGAUUUGGACCCGAUCAACCUCUUUCAGGUCACAGAAGAUGACAAGAAAACUUCCGUGGCCGACGAAAUCUUUGCGUGGGAUAGGACCGCCAGCCGCCUGAUCGAGAUGCAAUCGACCAAGUAUUUGAGCGAAUUCGGCCGCAAGAUGGAAGGGGAUCAGUUCAUGGGCAUGUUCAACAUGAGUUCUCUCUCUGAUGACGACCUCCAUGAGUUCUGGCGUCGGUACGAUAGGGAUGAUAGUGGCGAUAUAGACCACGACGAGUUGAAGCUGUUCUUGCAGGACGUCAUCGAGGCGACAAAGGGGCACCGGAACGUGGCGCCCGAGGUGUUCGACCUGUGUCUGAGUUCGAUGGACACCGACGGGAACGGAAGCAUCUCGUUCGAAGAGUUUGACAACUACCUCCGGCACCGGGACUUCAAGAAACCCGCUUGGGCCAGUUGA